CUUCUCAACCCUUUCUAUAGAGUUAACAGCUGGCAGUUGCCUGUAUGGUAAUACAGUACUGCGGCCAGCAGGAGGCGAUAGAGCUCUGUAUCUGUAUGAUCUCACUCUCAGCUGAGGGGCGGAGCUUAAUCUGCGCUGAAAGUGAAAGUGGAGGGCUGGAGGAGCUUCAGCGGGGUGAGCUGGUGUUUAUCCGGGUGAAUGGCUCGUGCAGCAGCGGUUUCUGGUUUAUUAUGGUGCCAGUUUGUGCUGGUCCAGUUCUCCAGUGGAGACGUGCUGCACGUGCCUGAGGAGCUCGCUCAGGAAGCGACCUUCAUCAGGACCUCAAACACAGGGGAAGAUAACACGACAUGGAGCCAUUUACAGGCUUCAGUCAAGAGGCAGGCCUUCCUGAACUCACACUCCCAGAACUACAAGCAGCCCACCAAAUACGGACCCAACCAGUUCUCCCACCUCUCACCACAUCAGUUCAAAGAUAUAUAUCUCGGGGCCCGGCCUGAGGUCGUUCCCAAGUACAAUUCGACCCGAUUCGGUCACCUCAGGUCAAAACCUUGUCCUGCACGGUUUGAUUGGAGAGAGUAUAAAGCCAUUGGACCGGUUCAGGACCAGGGCUUGUGUGGGGGGUGCUGGGCGUUCAGCGUGGUGGCUGCUAUCGAGGCGGUUGAAGUAAAGGAUGGAGGAACUCUGCAGGACCUGAGCGUUCAGCAGGUCAUCGACUGCUCUUAUAUAAACGCCGGCUGUAAGGGAGGAUCCACUGUGUCCACGCUGAAGUGGCUCAAACAGUCUAAGAUGAAGCUGGUGAGAGAGAAGCGGUACCCAUAUAAGGCUGAGACGAAGAUGUGCCAGAUCUUCCCUCAGUCCUUCGGCAGCGCCUCGGUGAAGGACUACUAUGCAUUCGACUUCAGUCAGGAGGAGCUGAUGAUGCAGUGGUUGGUGUACGCGGGGCCGCUGGUGGUGAUUGUGGAUGCCGUCAGUUGGCAGGAUUAUCUCGGAGGAGUCAUUCAACACCACUGCUCCAGUCGCCAUGCCAACCACGCUGUCGUCAUCAUCGGCUAUGAUAUUACAGGCGAGGUGCCGUUCUGGAUCAUUCGGAACUCCUGGGGGAAGUCCUGGGGUGACGGGGGAUACGCGUACGUUAAAAUGGGAGAGAAUAUGUGUGGUGUGGCUGAUUGUGUAGCUGUUGUGGUCCUAUGAUGAUACCUGCUGAUCUUUGAGCCAUCCUUUUAACUUCAACUCCUCAAUUUAAAAGUAGAAAAUGAAAUGACAGAAACUGUAAUAUUUUGCAUCAUAUUUUUAUUACAUACAUAGAUAUAAAGGGAAUCAAAUUAUUUUUAUAUACAAUCACUCAUGUUUUCUGAUGAUUCUGUUUCUGUACACAUUUUUAUGAAAAUUAUUUUAUACCAUGUUCUUUUUUUAUUCCAUCUGUAAAUAUAUAAAUCAUUACUCUAAUAAAAAUGACAACAUAAAUCUGUUUAAUAGUAAAUACAUUUCAUCCUUUUAAAUCACUGCUAUUUUACACAGAUAUUAUUUACACAAGUGCUUUACAAACAGGUGUGCUCUGCAGCUCAUUUACUGAGCCGGUCUAUUCAUAAUCAUAAAAGUUAUAAAUAACAGGAAGAACACAUUUUUGGCACCAUUUCAUAUUGAUUUUCCAAAACGUCUUUUUUACUUUUCCUGCUUUUCACCUUAUAGUGAAUGUUAGAAUUUCAUAAUAAUAAUAAUAAUAAUAAAGUGAAUCAAUAGAAAUGCUCCAAAAUGAUAUUUUAUAUUGAUUUUCUUAGAUGUUCCAAAGACAGGAAGGUUUCUUGUUUUCAAAAAAGUAGUUGAUACCUUGUGCACAAGAUAUAGGUUGUUAACAGGGAUACACAGAAUAUUUGGCAGCCAAUGUAUAACUGGCGUCCAAAAAUAUUUGGCAAAUUAAAUUAUUUGGCAAAGGAAAAUAUUUGGCGUAAAAUGGCAAAAAACAAAAAUGAAAAAAAUACAAAUUGAUUUUUUUUU